ACUUGCCGGCCCUUCCCGGGAUGGCCCCCAAGUCCUCGGACUCUGUGGAGGGGCUCCGCGCCGCCGGCAACCAGAGCUUCCGCAACGGCCAGUACACCGAGGCCUCAGCGCUUUACGGCCGCGCGCUGCGGCUGCUGCAGGCGCGAGGUUCUUCGAACCCUGAAGAAGAAAGUGUUCUGUACUCCAACCGUGCAGCGUGCCACUUGAAGAAUGGAAACUGCUCUGACUGCAUCAAAGAUUGCACUUCCGCACUGGCCUUGGUUCCCUUCGGCAUUAAACCCCUGCUGCGGCGGGCAGCUGCCUAUGAGGCUCUGGAGAAGUACCCGCUGGCCUAUGUCGACUACAUGACUGUCCUGCAGAUUGAUAAGAGUAUGACAUCAGCCCUGGAAGGCAUCAACAGAAUGACCAGGGCUCUCAUGGACUCACUUGGGCCCACUUGGCGUCAGAAGCUGCCUCCUACCCCGUUGGUGCCUGUUUCAGCUCAGAAGAGAUGGGAUGCCAUGCCAUCAGAGAACCACAAAGAUUCAGCUAAAAGCAAAUGCAAAGAAACCACAAAAGCAAAGAACAAAGUGCCUUCUGCUGGAGAUGUGGAGAGAGCCAAGGUUCUGAAGGAAGAGGGCAAUGCGUUUGUAAAGAAGGGAAACCAUAAGAAAGCUAUCGAGAAGUACAGUGAAAGCCUCUCAUUUAGUAACCUGGAAUCUGCCACCUAUACCAACAGAGCACUCUGCUAUCUGACCCUGAAGCAAUACAAGGAAGCAGUGAAGGACUGCACAGAUGCCCUCAAGCUGGAUGGGAAGAAUGUGAAAGCAUUUUACCGACGGGCUCAAGCUUACAAGGCACUCAAGGACUAUAAAGCCAGCCUUGCAGACAUCAGCAGCCUCCUGCAAAUUGAACCCAAGAAUGGCCCUGCACAGAAGUUGCAGCAGGAAGUUAACCAGAGCUUGAAAUAAAACCCCCAGAGGGCAGCAGGAAAUCUCUGCCUGACCUUACCCAGAGAAGCCAGGGGCCCCCUUCCUCUGUGCCUGCUCCUGAGACCCAGCAUGCCCCAGAGCAAGCUCUUUAACACCCUUCCCUC